AGCAAUCUUGUUUACAACUAAUUUGUCAAAGUUUAGCAUUUAAAUUAAUUAAUUUCGUUAAACCUAAUUAAUUAAUAAUUAUACAAACAAUAUAUGUAUUUGUGAUAUUUAGCAAUAAGUGAAUCAAUGCACUGUUCGUGAAUAUGGAGGAAGUAGCAAAACUAGAGCAUCUAUCAUUAGUUUCAAAAAUAUGUACAGAAUUAGAGAAUCACUUAGGGUUGAAUGAUAAAGAUUUAGCAGAAUUUAUUAUUGAUCUCUCUGAAAAACAUAAUACAGUCGAAAGUUUUAAGAAAGUUUUAGAUGAAAAUGGAGCAGAAUUUUCAGAUUCGCUUGUCGCAAAUCUGCUGCGCAUUAUUCAACAUAUGCGCCCAAAAUCGCAACGAAUAGAACAAAUUGUAACCUCUCAACAUACAGAUGCACUUUCACAAAAGUUUCCUGGUUUGGCAAUUCCAAAUUCCAUUGCUUCACAACUGGAUGAUGAAAAAGAAGAUGAUAAAACUGAUGAUUCAAAAAAUGAUAUUAAUGAUGUUAUGGCAGAAUUCGAGUCAUUGGCGCCUUCAAAUAUUAAAUCUGAUAAGGUUGCCAAUUGCAGUAAAAAUGAUGAAGUUGAUUUAAAGAGUGAUGAAAUUAAAGAUAAUCAUAGGGACACUGGUAGAAAACCUAAAAGCAAAUAUAAUGAUAAAGAAUAUGAUAGGGAUCGAAAAAGAUAUAAAGACAGAGAUCACGAUAAGAACAGACAUAUUUCAAGGCGUCACAGGAGUAGAUCUACAUCUGUAGAUCGGUCCAAAAGAUGCAGGAGUUCAUCAAAUUCCCGUAGGAGAAGUAGGUCUCAUUCAAGAUCCAGGAGAAGUAGGUCACAUUCAAGAUCUAAGAGAAGUAGGUCGCAUUCAAGAUCCAGGAGGAGAAGAUCACGCUCAAGAUCCAGGAGAAGAAGCAGGUCUAGAGAUAGAAGCCGCACUAGGCGAGAAGUAAAGAUGACAUCCAGGAAUAGGAAUAAUAGAGAAUCAUCUGAUCGAUUUCAAUCAGAUAAACAAGAUCUGAAAGACAAUCCAGAACCAGGUCAUAUAUAUUCUGGUCGUGUUAUGAACCUAGUACCAUUUGGUUGUUUUGUCCAAAUACUUGGUAUUAGAAAACGUGUAGAAGGAUUAGUUCAUAUCUCUCAAUUAAGAGCUGAAGGAAGAGUUACUGAUGUUUCAGAAGUUGUGUCAAGAGGGGCUGCAGUAAAAGUUAAAGUUUUGUCAAUAACUGGACAAAAAAUUUCAUUAUCAAUGAGGGAUGUUUGCCAAGUUACAGGUAAAGACUUAAAUCCUGAAUCACAUGCACAUUUGCAUACAAAUAUUUCCGAUGAUUUAAACAAUCGUAAUCCUGAUAGGCCUCAACAGAGUGCAACUAGUAUGCUUCAGCUGCACGGAAAUAUAGAUGAUGAUGAAGAUGUAUCAAGGAAACGAGUUACAAGAAUAUCAUCUCCAGAACGGUGGGAAAUAAAGCAAAUGAUUUCAUCUGGUGUAAUAGACAGAUCAGAAUUACCUGAUUUUGAUGAUGAAACUGGGCUUUUACCUAAAGAUGAUGAUGAUGCCGAAGCUGAUAUAGAAAUUGAAAUAGUAGAAGAUGAACCACCAUUUCUUCAAGGUCAUGGUAGAGCAUUGCAUGAUUUAAGUCCUGUGAGAAUUGUGAAAAAUCCUGAUGGAAGUUUAGCACAGGCAGCCAUGAUGCAGUCUGCCCUAGCCAAAGAGCGUAGAGAGCAAAAAAUGUUGCAAAGGGAACAAGAGCUUGAUGCAGUUCCUACAAAUUUAAAUAAAAACUGGGUAGAUCCAUUGCCAGAAGAUGACAAUAGAUCUUUAGCGGCUAAUAUGAGAGGUGUAGGUUUGGCUCCCCAAGAUUUGCCUGAAUGGAAAAAACAUGUAAUUGGUGGUAAUAAAAGCUCAUUUGGUAAGAAGACAGAUUUAACAUUAUUGCAACAAAGACAAGGAUUACCUAUAUACAAAUUACGAGAAGAACUAAUUAAAGCUAUUACCGAUAACCAAAUUCUCAUUGUUAUUGGUGAGACAGGAUCCGGAAAAACUACACAGAUUACUCAAUAUCUAGGUGAGUCUGGUUUUACAGCACGAGGUCGAGUUGGUUGCACACAACCAAGGAGAGUAGCUGCAAUGUCGGUUGCAAAACGUGUUGCAGAAGAAUAUGGUUGUCGACUGGGCCAAGAAGUCGGAUAUACUAUUCGAUUUGAAGAUUGCACUGGCCCUGACACUUUAAUUAAAUACAUGACAGAUGGUAUGUUGCUAAGAGAGUGUCUAAUGGAUUUGGAUUUGAAAUCAUAUUCUGUAAUUAUGUUAGAUGAAGCUCAUGAACGUACUAUACAUACUGAUGUUUUAUUUGGUCUUCUUAAGCAAGCUGUUCAAAGACGUCCUGAACUUAAAUUAAUUGUUACUUCAGCUACAUUGGAUGCUGUUAAGUUUUCCCAAUAUUUUUUUGAGGCGCCAAUAUUCACAAUACCCGGUCGAACAUUUCCAGUGGAAGUACUAUAUACUAAAGAACCAGAAACAGAUUAUUUGGAUGCUAGUUUGAUCACAGUCAUGCAAAUACAUUUGCGUGAGCCUCCUGGUGAUAUACUUUUGUUCUUAACAGGUCAGGAAGAAAUUGAUACGGCAUGUGAAGUUUUGUAUGAACGUAUGAAAAGUUUAGGACCAGAUGUACCAGAGUUAUUGAUACUACCUGUCUAUUCUGCAUUACCCAGUGAAAUGCAAACUAGAAUAUUUGAUCCUGCGCCACCAGGCAGUAGAAAAGUAGUUAUUGCAACAAAUAUAGCUGAAACUUCAUUGACAAUAGAUGGGAUAUAUUAUGUAGUUGACCCUGGAUUUGUAAAACAGAAAGUAUACACUUCUAAAACAGGUAUGGAUUCUCUUGUAGUAACCCCUAUAUCUCAAGCAGCAGCUAAACAGAGAGCUGGAAGGGCUGGUAGAACAGGCCCUGGAAAAUGCUACAGGCUUUAUACUGAACGUGCUUAUCGUGAUGAAAUGUUGCCUACUCCUGUUCCUGAAAUACAGAGAACAAAUUUAGCUACUACAGUUUUACAAUUAAAAACUAUGGGAAUCAAUGACCUUCUACACUUUGAUUUUAUGGAUGCUCCACCAGUUGAAUCAUUAGUAAUGGCGUUAGAGCAAUUACAUUCAUUAUCAGCUCUUGAUAAUGAAGGGUUAUUGACUAGAUUAGGGAGAAGGAUGGCCGAAUUUCCCUUAGAGCCCAAUUUAUCUAAAAUGUUGAUAAUGUCAGUAGCAUUGCAAUGCUCUGAUGAAAUUCUUACAAUUGUUUCAAUGCUAUCUGUACAGAACGUUUUCUACAGACCCAAAGAUAAACAGGCCCUUGCAGAUCAAAAGAAAGCUAAAUUUAACCAAGCUGAAGGCGAUCAUUUGACAUUAUUAGCUGUUUACAAUAGUUGGAAAAAUAAUAAAUUCAGUAAUGCUUGGUGUUAUGAGAAUUUUGUCCAAAUACGAACUCUAAAACGAGCACAAGAUGUGCGCAAGCAAUUAUUAGGAAUAAUGGACAGACAUAAACUUGAUGUGGUUUCAUCUGGGAGAAACACUGUUCGGGUACAAAAAACUGUUGCAUCAGGCUUUUUCAGAAAUGCUGCAAAAAAGGACCCACAAGAAGGUUAUCGAACUCUAGUAGAUUCACAAGUAGUUUAUAUACAUCCUAGCAGUGCUUUGUUCAACAGACAACCAGAAUGGGUUGUGUAUCAUGAGCUUGUACAAACUACUAAAGAAUAUAUGAGGGAAGUCACAACCAUUGAUCCCAAAUGGCUUGUAGAAUUUGCACCAGCAUUCUUCAGAUUUAGUGACCCUACAAAAUUAUCUAAAUUUAAGAAAAAUCAAAGACUGGAACCAUUAUACAAUAAAUAUGAAGAGCCUAAUUCAUGGCGAAUAUCAAGAGUUCGCCGAAGAAGGAAUUGAAUCUUUGUAUGUGGAAUACUUGAAAUUUUAUUUAUAUAUAAUAUAUAAAUAUAUAAUAAUCUUCUGAAAGAUAAAAUUACAAUGAAGUUAUUUAU